AUGUUCUGGAAACAUCCUAGUGGUCGAACUGCAUCGUCUGAGGGAUUCGUGAUCAAACCUCCAGAUUCUGUACAACAGGAGCAGCAGAGUGUGGACACCGCUGGUUUUAGCUUAUUAUUCCAUCCCAAUGCACUCUCCCAUAAGCAUAAAGUUAGUGAUGAAAAAGUGGCUUGGGGAGAAACCAGUAAGGGUGGUGUUAGUGGUGGUGGUGGUGGUGGUUCAGUUACCUUGGAGUUUUUUUCUUUCAAAAAUGCAUCGCAACGCAGUGUAUGGGCACGCCGAAUGGGGUUGCACAAAUCAUCGUGGAGGCAUGGUCGCCACAUCCAGACGGCUUUCUCCACUGGCGUGAUCUCUUCCAUCAUCCCACGAGUGUUCUUCUGCACACUCAUCUCUGUGCUCGUCACCAUAUUCAACCAUGCAGUGAUGGAAGGUGUGCUGCCUCACUGGGUUCCUUCACUGCGCGUGCCUACGCUUCCCAUGUCCCUCACCGCUCCCGUUCUCUCCUUGUUACUCGUCUUCCGCACUAAUUCCUCUUACAACAGGUUGGAUGAGGCAAGGAAAGCAUGGGGCUCGAAUGUGAACCGGACCCGAGAUGUGUCCAGGCAAGCGCUCUCAUGGAUCUGCGACCCCGACGAUGCAGACAAACUGCAGAGUCUGCUGCGUCAUAUUAAGGCAUUCUCUUACUGCCUCAAGGAUCACUUGACGCAGGAGAAUUUGCUGCAAGAAGAGCUGGCGAGAGUGCUCGAGCCGAGAGAGGUGGAACUUGUGCUCAAGUCCAGCCAUCGUCCCAACUACGUGCUGCAUGUGAUGUCGGACACUAUCAAACACUGCAGGAUAUCGAAAUGGGAAAGCAAGAGCAUGGACAGGAAUAUCACCCAGUUUCACGAUAAUGUGGGUGCCUGUGAGCGGCUCUUCAAGACUCCCAUUCCAGUGGCUUACACGAGGAUGAUCUCCAGGUUUCUCUCGAUCUGGCACUUCCUUCUUCCUUUAGCGCUUUGGAACUCUUGCCGCUGGCUCACCAUCCCUGUCACAUUCGUGAGUGGGGUGGGGCUUUUUUGCAUUGAGGAAGUGGGUGUGCUGAUCGAGGACCCUUCUACAUCCUUGCUCUGUUGUCAAUCAGCGAUGGCAUUUCCUCAGCUGUGGAUGGCCUCUGCUCGGCUCAUGAAGGAGCUCUGA